AUGGUCGAAGUUUCUGCCUAUGGCAUAAGAGUGUUAGACCGCAUCAACAUGAUACUUAUGUUUAUAGUUCACCUUAUCAACUUGGCUCAAGUUACGGUAUUAUUUAUUCAUCGACUGGUAUACGGCUGCAUCCCGCUAUUUGAAAUAGCCAGCUGUUCGAUCUUUCCGUUUCUUGUCUCGUGUUGGCACAUUACCUACCUUUUAUUUUACAUUGUCAUGUUGAAGCGAUGUUUGAUUCUGGAAUCUUCACGCCAUUCUCGACUUAUUCAAAUUAUUGGCAUCGUUUUGAUCCUUGUUCGAUUCGCUGACUGGCCAUACGAACUCACUUUCCACAACAUUCAAGCUCAGAUGGAGCAACCAAUUGAAAGCGGGCAAACAUGCUGGGCGACUUGGGGAAGCGGUGUCCUUAUUCUUAAUUUCAUUGGCGACACACUGGCCAACCUGUUUCUAAGUGGAUUGUUUGUGCGCAGAUUAUUCAAACAUUUGAAAGUACGAACCAAUAUGAUUGUCAACCAAAGAAGUCAACUCGUGGAAUAUAUUGCACGAAAAUCCUUGGCUUUCACACCAUUAUUUGAAAUCAUCGAAUCGACGCUACUUGUUGAGGCGCUUCGUGUUGAUCAUGAAAACCUCCACAGCAAUCAUUUUUGUGAAAGCUGCGGCUUCAUCAUCGCUGCCAGCACACUAGGCGACGGCACUGGUCGUACCCGCAGAAAGUCUUCCAUCGUUCGAGUAUUGAGUGGGUCACAAUUGAAAGACAUGGCUCCGGCGUUGAACGAAGUUAGUAAACCAGAAGAAUCCUUCACCGUCAGCAUGAAUUCCAUUCACCACGAUCGACACGAGUUACACCAUCGACCUGAAUGGAACAACAACGACUACAGGAUGUUUUAGUCCUCCCAUUAUGGAAAACGGGAUUAUAAUUCUUCAUGUUUAUUCUUCUAUUGUUUCCAUGUAUUUCUUUCAUCCAGUCAACCAAUUUUUUGUAUAUAAUAAUAUCUUUUUCAUUAUUCCCUCCCAUUCCUAAAAGUCAGUAUAAGAUCUAGUCAGCAAUCAUGGCAGUAGUAGAUAUCCUAUCUUAACCGCCAAUAAUAAAGAAAACCAACCAGCCCAGAGGGUGUGGAAGAAGC